UUUAUUUUUUUUAAUUAUAUGCCCUUUGGAUUUAGUAUUAUGCUUUAAGAAUGUAUACUACAUGAUAUGCUUUGAAGCUAACGAUUUAUGCCGCACAGUUCUAAUUUCAGGAAGUAAUGUUUCGUUCAAAGCGUACAUUUGAAGAGUAUCAGCACUUGCUUGAAAAUGAAGUACCUGAAGGAUUUAAUGACGAUGAAGAAGUGUUGACCAUAGAUGCUCAAGGAAACGUGAGUAAGCUUAGGGGCCGGAUUAGUGUAAAAGUGGUGGUUGGCUUGGAUGCUGGAACUAGAAUCCUAGUACCAAUGAACAAGCUUUUACAGCCUGUUAAAAAAGCAGGAGGUCUGUUCAACCGAUUUCUAGCUGACAUUGCAAAGCGUCCUCGAUUUUGUCCUCUAAAUUACAGUGAUUGGCGUGUUGUGCCUACACUAUAUAAAAAGCGCAUAUUGGAGUUCAUAAAGAAAAAAUUUGUGUUGCCAUCCACCGACUCAGUUCAAGACAAAAUUUUAAGCACUGUUGGGGAGAGGUUAAGAGGUUACAAGCGUACUUUACGAAAAAAAUAUAUUCAAAAAGGCACAACAAAGGAGGACUUGUAUAAUAUACCCCUUGCCGAGUCAGGAGCCAAUGAGGGUCUCGUACGUCCUAGAGAAGUGGAUGAUGCUAUGUGGGCUGGAUUUGUGACAUUGUCGUUUUCACCAGAUGUUGAGAACUCAGCCAUGGCUAUUAUUAAGAAAAAGACUGGAGCUUGUCACUUUUCAGAGGAAACAAGAGAGGCAGAAAAAUUUGCUUAUAAAAAAUUAAUGGGUCCUCAACCAGAAAAGGGAAAAGUAACAGGUCUAGGUCGUGGAGUUAAUGCAAGAGACCUGCGUAAGAUUCGUUGUGAGGCUGAGCCAACUGCAAUGGCAAAAAUCCUUAGAAAAUUGCAAACAAUGGAAGAUGAAAAUCAAAAGAUGAAAGAUCAAAUAGCCUCUCUGACUUCCAAAUUUGGUGAUCACAGUCCACGCCACACUGAUUCCAUAAAUUGUGGUGAUUUUCAUGAAGAUUCAACGCAAGAUUCACCAUUUAAAGGGUGCACGACUCCUGAAGUACCGAGACAUGAUGCAUCAAUAAGGAGUGAGUAUCGUGAAGUUAUCAGAUAUCUUAUUUGUGGAGGAAAGUAUCUUAUAGCAAAAGACCAAAUCGGAGUUCAAGUUUGAAAGGAAGCACUUGAAUUUGGGGCAAAGCCCAAACCCAUCAUCAAAACAAGUUAAUUGGCCCAUCCAUUGCUCUCCUGAUUCGCACAAGAAAGACAGAAAAAAGAGAAGAAACGCAACUUCUUCUUCAUUAAGGCAAGCUAAGUAAACACUCCAAGUUCGACCGGCGAAGCAUUCAACGCAUAUCUUCUCCAACGUCUCUCCAUUCAAUUCGCCCACACGCUCCAACGGGAAGAAUUCAACGGCAAGUGGUUCUCCUUGGACUAUAAAUUGAAGACAAAUUGCAACCAGAGGAGGGGGGAAAUAUCACGCAGAGAGCCGCGGCUCUAGGCCGUGGCAACUGAGAUUGAAGCCGCGCACCAGAGGAGGAAGCAGACGGCGGCGGACCACUGCUCGCCGGCGGACGACGAUGGUGGGCAGCAACCUUUUUCAAGCUCCAAUCCUUUAAUUUCUUCGUCUUCUUCAACAAAGUGGUAACCCUAGCUUGUU